AUGAAGGCGACUACGAGACGCGCCUCUGCGCAGCCAUAUACAGGACCGUCGACCACGAAGGUUCCGGUGACCUGGGCGCCGUCGUGUCCGGGGGACAACUGUCCCCUGACCGCGGGUGUCUACGUGAAUCUCGGCAUUUUCCUGAUUCGAGUGGCCUUUUGUAUCUUUGUGCUGCUCCUUGGUAUCAAAAUGCCGCCGGAUUUUAUGAGAACGGUCACAAUGGCCAUCUACAUCCCAGUCGGCGUCGGCGAGCUGUUCAACCUUUAUGAAGAAUUGGUCGGGUUUCUCGUCCUAUUCGAGACUAGCAGCGAUUUUUCCAAAAAAUUCAUCAACUGGAAUCCGUCAGUCCAGAGCGCCAUCUUUCAGUAUAUUCAUAUCGAUUUUCUGAUCAUGAUCAUUAUCGGCCUUCACUGCUGUCGAAUUUGCAUCCGGGACGACGAGAGCAUCUUUGUAUUUCCAGUAAAAACAAUAUCGAUGGUGCUCCAGAUCGUGCCCCUCAUCCUCUGCCUCCUCGAUUUGAUCCCCGGGCAGCAGGAUUCAAAUGUGGUGCUGGUGAUAAUCGGCGUCAUCUCGCAGCUGACUACGCUUAUCGGAUUUGUCGUCAUCACCGCACAGAUGAUUUUUUCGCUCUACUUGGUCAGCCAAGACCUGCCCUACGAUCAUGCGGCAUCGACAGAUAUGCAGAUUAGGGACGCCCGAUCUCGGCUCGUCUGGUUCCUCAUCUAUCUCAUCAUUCCAUACUUGACGCUGAUCCCGUUUUUCUUGGACGCCAUUCUGUGGAUAAUAACGCACAUCAAUGGAGAGGGAGCACCAACUUACGAGCAACAAAUGGAUCCCAACUAUCAGUAUUCGGCUACGCAAAUGUGGAGGGCAGUGAUGGAAGGAUUCAAAUACCUGGUCUCCUACUAUCGACCAACCUGGCUCGUCGUUUUGACUUGCUUCUGUUUGCCGCCUUACAGGCGCGCCGUCCCAUUACUUUGCUGCUGUCUACCAUGUUGCCCCAGGAUUACGGUACAACCGCUUCCAAGAAAACCGAAGGAAAUGUCGAGCAUGUAUCGGGACGCC